GGAUGCUCCAGACAUGGGGGUGGGAGCCGGUUCUGGACCAGCUGUCUGCAAGCUGAGUUGAGGAAGCAGCAGGGUGUGGUGGGAGGAAUUAAUAACAGCAAGGGUUCUGUCUUUGGUGGCUGUCACCAGGGCGGCAGACGGCAUCUGCUGUCUGGUCACAAACCGAGGAGGGCCUGUCACCUCUGGCGCAUCCCUGUAAAGAUGGGGAGAGAGCCAGGGAACCCCAAAUCCACCGCUUGCGAGCAUCAGCCAGCGAAGCCGGGUGCACCGAGAGGCUUUGCCGUGCCAGUGGGUGUCAGUUUGGGUGGGUUGGUCCUACCCGUCUUUCUCCUUCGCUCACCCAAGCAGGGAUGCCGGCGAUGCACUCGCGUUAUCGCCGUGAUUCAGCACAGCCUGAGUUUAUCGGAGCUGGCACAGGGCUGAGCUCGGUGGGAAUUACCGAAUCCCUUAUUACCAAGGCAUCGCUGGAUAAAUUACCGGCUCACUUUGUUUACUUCUCAACUAAUCAGCUUUGUGCCCAUACCUUGGGCUUUAGCGCACCCAGAGCUCCCCGAGUUAGCGCAGCGCAACUCCAGCCCUGUUCACAAAAUCAAAACAGAUGGGUGCUUUGUUUUUCCUUCUUGAGGGGAAGGCUACUGAUUGAAAAGCCCUAUUACAAUGCAAAUACCGGGGUGGCGUGAAUAUUCAAACCACUGCGCUGCUUUUGAAGCUCUUUACAUAAAUUUCUAGCGCUUUAUAUGUCAUCGCUGCUUGGCUAAUCCGGAGUGGAGCUUGGUUAACAGCAUCUCUUUUUUUUUUCUCUGCCAACUUUGGAGGGGUUGGCUGUGUUUUGGGGAGCACAACACGAGGUGGCAUUGAGGUGCAAAGCAGCCAGUGAAAAUUAUGACCGUGCUCAAUGGGGAGGAGGAACCGCCAGCUGUAGGGUUGACUCUGGUGGUGACCCUUGAAGAGCCAGGCGUGCUGUCAAAUGAUUUACAGAUAUUUGGGUGCCUCAUUGUCCUUUGGUGGUAUUUUUUUCCCUUCUCUUCAGUUUCUUGGUGGGACCUUUUUUGGUGCUGCUGCUCCCCAGGAGGAGAGGAGGUGUUGCGGAUUGGGUUGAGCUCGAAUCACCCUACCUUGGGGGUUUGGGGUGUAGGCAGGGACUCACUGCAGCUUAGCCGCUGCUGCAACGGAGGAGAUGGUUCGUUAGGGAAAGGAGAUAAUGAGUUAGAGGAGACAACCCCAGCUCCAGAUUUCCAGCUAAGGGCUCAAGGGGCUGGUUUUGGUGGCUGCUGGGCAUCUCGUCAUAAACCCUGCAUUAAAAACCAGGGUCCUGGUGGGUUUUGCCAGCUGUUUGCAUUGUCCCAGUUGUCCCAAGCACAGAGGGAAGGGCAAGUGGCUUUCAACCUAUCCAUGUGUGGCUUCGCUCUUCAAUGUGGGGCGGAUGCUACAGGACGGUUAUGUCUUGGGUGCAUGUGUUUUGGAGGUGGCCAAGUGAUGAUGCUCCAUUGGGUGCUUAGAUGCUGCUAAUUGUCAGGCCCUCGUUUCAGUGGAGGCAAUCGAGGGUAGUGCCGAAAGCAGCAUUUUCCUUGCCGUCCCUUGAUGGAGGUGACGUGCUUGAGGUCACCACUGCCUUCUGCAGAGGGCUAGUUGGGGUGGAGGGAGUGGAGCCCAGGAGAGGAGUGGUUGACGAUGCAGCCCAUGGAGGCGUCUGGGCAGAGCAUCCCUUAAAUCUCCCUAUAAUUCUCCUCUGUGCAGCACCAAACGUGCCGUUCGCCUUAACGCUAUUUUGUCCAAUACAAGGCGCUGUGCUAAAUGUAAUGUUUUUACUUGAUGGGGCUAUUGAUUGACCAGGUAAUCUGCGUCUUUGUUAGCUGGAAGCGAAAGCUUGGAGGUUAAUAUUGAUUCCAGGCACUUUAAUAUGGGAAGCGGUAAUUACAGUUUAAGCCUAUAUUGUCCGAGUUAAAUUUGGCUGAGAAUUUACUCCUAUCAAACCUCCACAUUGUGCGCUGUGAAGGUUAUCUGGGUCUCAGGAUGGGGGUGGAUCUAAAGGAAGGAAAGAAAUACAGUGAAAACUUCCUCUUGUCAUCAUCCCUGAGCGCUUUGCUUCCCGGGACUUGUCAUAGGGCGAAGAGAAAUAAAGACUAAUGUGGUUAUGACUCCAAGCAGUUCUCUUGAACCUGCUGCUUUUUGCUCAUGCUGGUCAUUUAGGGGGACUUAACACUGCACAGAAGGCCAGCUAUAAAUCUGAACAAAGUGAUGCUCUUGUAGGGAGCGGCCCCUUUUCCCCUCGUAAGGGAGUGGGAGCCCCAGCUCAGCUGCCGCUCGCCCGCUCCCAUUAUCCUGCUGGCUCCAGGCUGCCCUCCUGCAUCUCAGCUGCCGGUCCAUCUGGAGCAGAGAUGAAAGGCUGGGGUUUAACUCAGGCUUUGUGUGCCUCUUGUAUUGCCCCUCUCCUCUUUUAGCCCUUUCUCUGCUUCCAGCCCCAUCCCCGCAGCUCCGGCACGCGGGUGCCGAGGGGUGGCUUUGCACGCCGGGGCUCUGAUGCCGCUGACCUCAUUAUUCUGACUGCUGGGUGAUGCCAGGCAGCCUCGUGAGCUCAUCAGGUAGGAGGGUUAGGUUAUUUUUCCACUCAAAGCACUGCUGAAUAAUUCAGCCGGGAGUAGGCAUCUUGGGUCACCUUGCAGAGCCGGCUGCGUGUCAGAGCCAGCUUCCUAAGAUGGAGGUUGUGCAGGAUGCGUGCAGGAUCUCCUCGCUGCCAGCAGCUCGCUGUUAUUGACUGACUGCAGGUGAGCGUGGCAGGCUAUGGGAUGGAUGAAGCUGAGCAGGACCAGUAUGAAGCUCGCCUCAAGGAGCUCUUUGACAGCUUCGACAGCACGGGCACGGGGUCCCUGGGGCAGGAGGAGCUCACCGACCUGUGCCACAUGCUGCACCUGGAGGAGGUGGCCCCAGCGCUGCAGCAGACCCUUCUCCAAGGCAACCUUCUAGGCAGGGUCCACUUUGAUCAGUUUAAAGAAGCACUUAUCCUCAUCUUAUCCAGAACCUUGUCGAAUGAAGAGGACUUCCAAGAACCAGAUUCAUCCCUGGAAGCCCAGCCCAAGUACAUCAAAGGAGGCAAACGCUACGGCCGGAGGUCACUGCCGGAGUUCCAGGAGUCAGUAGAGGACUUUGCUGAGGUGACUGUCAUCGAGCCGCUGAGUGAGGAAGAGCAUCCCCCACGCAUCGCCUCCAGCGGCUGCGAGGAGCACUGGAAGACGCGAGACAGCGAGGAGUACGAGGCCGAGGGGCAGCUGCGCUUUUGGAAUCCCGAUGACCUGAAUGCCUCCACUGGAGCAUCACUGCCCACCCCAGAAUGGAUAGAGGACAAACUGCAAGAGGUUUGCGAGCACCUCGGCAUCACCAGGGAUGGCCACCUGAACCGCAAAAAACUCAUCUCCAUUUGUGAGCAGUACGGGCUCCAAACGGCAUCCGGGGAGGUGCUCGAAGAGGUGCUUCAUAACCUGGAGCAGGAUGGCACCAUGAGUAUAGAGGACUUCUUCUAUGGCUUGUUUAGAAACGGAAAGCCGCUGACACCUUCAGCAUCGACUCCGUACAGGCAGCUGAAACGCCACCUCUCCAUGCAGUCCUUUGAUGAGAGCGGGAGGCGCACAACCACCCCCUCGGCCAUGCCCAGCACCGUCGGCUUCUGCCUCUUCUCCUGCCUGGACGAUGGGAUGGGCUACGGCUGCGUGGAGGGCGUCCUCGACUGCUGGCACCAGGAGGGCAUAGAGAACAGCCAGGAGAUCCUGAAGGCUUUGGAUUUCAGCUUGGAUGAGAAGGUGAACCUGACAGAGCUGACGCUGGCGCUGGAAAAUGAGCUUUUAAUAACGAAGAAUGGAAUCCACCAGGCAGCCCUGGCGAGCUUCAAAACGGAGAUCAGGCACUUGCUGGAGCGGGUUGACCAAGUGGCCAGAGAGAAAGAAAAGCUGCGUUCAGACUUGGAAAAAGCCGAAAAGCUCAAAUCCCUGAUGGCGUCUGAAGUGGAUGACCACCACACUGCCAUUGAGCGCCGGAACGAGUACAACCUCAGGAAGCUGGAUGAGGAGUACAAGGAACGAAUUGCAGCUUUAAAGAACGAGCUCCGGAAAGAGCGGGAGCAAAUCCUGCAGCAGGCUAAUAAACAACGGCUGGAGCUGGAGCAGGAGAUAGAAAAGCUGAAAACCGAUGAGAACUACAUCCGGGACCGCCUCGCCCUUUCCCUGAAGGAAAACAGCCGCCUGGAGAGCGAGCUAUUGGAAACGGGAGAAAAACUGGCCGAGUAUGAAAGUUUGGCAAGCAAACUGCAGAGGAACUUGGAAAACGUCCUGGCUGAGAAGUUUGGUGACCUGGAUCCCAGCAGCGCAGAGUUCUUCCUGCAGGAGGAGAGGCUGGCGCAGAUGAGAAGCGAGUACGAGCAGCAGUGCAGAGAGCUGCAAGACCAAAUAGACGAGCUGCACUCGGAGCUGGAGGAGUACCGUGCCCAAGGCAAAAUGCUCAGGCCUUCGCUGAAAAACUCGCUGUCAGAAGAGUUCGACAUCGACAUGAAAAGCCAUGGCAACAGCGGUAUUGAGCCUGACCAAGGACUUGGUUCAGAAGAUUGCAACCCACUAAAUAUGAGCAUAGAGGCAGAAAUGGCUAUUGAACAAAUGAAGGAGCAACAUCACAGGGACCUACAUCACCUCAAACAGGAGCUUGAAGACACAGUGAGCCAUUACGAGAAGCAGCUGGAUGAGACAAAAAUCCACUGCGAGAAAGAGCAAGAGGACAUGAGAAAGAAGUAUACUGAAGAGCUGCAUGCCAUGGAAAAGCAAAUAACUGGCCUUAAAAAUCAAAUUGCAGAGCUGCAAGGAGAGGCAGCUGUGCUCAGAGAACAGCAGGAAAAGCUUGACUGUAAAUAUAAUGAUGAGAAAAGCAAAUUACAAAUGCAUUUUGAAGAGGAAAAAGCCAAUCUGCAAGAACUAUUGAGGCAGGAGCAUGAAGAUGAUGUUAGAGCCAGACUGGAGCAGGUGAACGAGAAGUUUAGUCAAGAAAGGGAAGAACUGAUUCAAAAUGGGGUCUGGGUGGAAGAGAAGAUGAGAGUUUUAGUGGAGACACUUCAGGAGGAGAAAGGAGAGCUGGAACGUGGCUUUCGUGAGCAGCUGAAAAGGAUGGCAGAGGUCCACGCCUCGGAGAAGGAAGAGCUCCAACAAGAACUGCUGAGGAAGCACAAGCAGGACCUGGAGGAGGAAAGGAAAAAAAUGGAAAAUGACUAUAACAGAAGAACAUCUCAUGCAGAAACUCAGUUUUCUGUCGACACACAAACACUCAUGAAUAAAUAUGAAGAAAGAAUCCAAAAUCUGGAAGGCCGUUACCAGCGAGAGUUGUGUGAACUUGCUGAGCAGCAAAGAGAGGAGAAAUCUCAGUGGGAGUUUGAAAAGGAUGAAAUUGCUCAGGAGGUCGCUGAAGCUCAUGAGCAACUGAAGGCAAGUCUGGCAAAGGAAAAGGCCAUUUCUUCUGCCCUGAACCAGGAGAAAGAUCUCCUGGAGAAAAACUUCAAGGAGGAGGUGAACAAGCUUGUGUGUGAGAGAGAGCAGCUUCAGAAGGAGCUGCGAGACCUGAGGAAUGCUGCUGAGAAGCAAGAGAAAAAGCUGAAUGAUCAAAUGGCGCAGCUCCAAAAUGACCACGCAAAAGAGCUCAAGAAGAAAGAAGAGCGUCUAUCUGUGGUGGAAGAAAAUGGGAACCUGGUUAGGCAGAAGCUGGAGAGGCUUGACAGUGAAUAUAAGCAAGAGAAAGAACUCCUCAAUUCCAAACUUCUCGCUUUGGAGCGUUUAAACAAAGAUAUCUGUGUAAGGGCAGAAUCGGAAAAGGCUGAGAUGAGUUUGGAAAUCUCAAACCUUCAAGAGAAAAUACAGAAACUGCAGUGGGAGAGCCAUAGUUUUUCCGCACUACAAAAUCAUUACAGGGUCCUAGAAAAUGAAUAUGCAAAAGCAAAGAGCAAAAUUGCCGCUUUCUCUGGUACAGUGCCUCUGGGAGAUGAGAAGGAUGUCCUCUUAAGCCUGCAGAAAGUGCACGAGCAAGCUGUGAAGGAGAAUGUCAGGAUGGCUGCCGAGAUCGUCAGGCUGCAGCACCGGUUGCGAGCUGCGACGUGGGAACCUGUGCAACCUCCCAGUCCUGGCUGCUCCGAGCCCAGCUCAGCACGAUCUCAGCUGUCAGAUGGAAUAGAUCCCAUUUUGGAAGGGUUUCCCACUGACUGUAAAGAUGUAGACGAGGAAACGGAUCCAUCUGUGCUGCCGCUUUCGGAGGCUGAUACUACAGACCUGGAAGAAAUGACAGAGGUUGAUUCAGACGUGGAGGAAGCAUACGUUAAAGCCAGAGCAGGUGGUCGUGCCCCCAAGGCGCAGGUAUGUCGGGUGCAAGGCAGUAAAGCAGCGCUGGAAGCUGACGGCCAUCAGGAUUGUGACAAGACUCAAGAGCUGCUUUCUCAAGUGCCUCUGCUGCAAAGAAUGAGAGAUCUCGAGAAAGAUCUCGACAGAGCGCCCAGACCAAAAAUGCUACACAAUGAUAUUAAACAGCAGAAGGUUCAUCUGCUAAAUCACAGAGUCACUCCUCCAAAUAAAGGGGUUAUUUCGGAUGCUUUGAAGCUGCAAGGUGAGCCUGAGAGGGCUGAAGAGCUGAGUGAACCUGCUCCUGGGUCAACAAAUGGUGGCCUGAAAAGAGUCAUAGCUCAGCUUUGGAAAAGAGUCGAGGAGUUAGAAGACAAAUCAACAGCACAGGCUAAACUUCUGUCACUGCAGGAACAACUUCAGGCAGAAAAUGAGGAUCUGAAAUCAGAAAUGAUAAAGUUAGUUGAAAAAAAUAAAGUGCUAGAAGACAACCUGCAUAAGCUGAGGGGCCUUCAUGGCAAGAGAGAAGAAAGUAAACUGGGAAGUGUUAAGCUCAGAGAGGAAAACACACAGCUCCUCCAAAAAGUUAAAGAAUUGGAAGAUGUCCAAGAAGAAGAUUCACAAGGCGAUGUAGGUGCGCACAGCGACAAGUUAAGACUGCAAUGCCAGCUUGGAAAGCUGGAAGAAUCGGCCACUGCAUUUACAGUUCUGCAAGAUAAACAUGGCCAAAGUGACAGCACGGUGGAAGAGAUGUUGUUGGAAAAGAGGGAUCUGCAAGAGCCCACCAGGAAGCUGAAGGAGAAAGCUGCUGCUCUGGGUAACCCAAACAACACAAGUUUCCAGGAGGAGAGAAAGGAGAGGAAUGCAGUGACGCUCGGCUUACAGAGCACAUGCACUGAGCUGCAGCAAAAAGUCGAUCUUCUGAGAUGUGAAGCUGAGAAGCUCAGAGAGGAAAAUGCUGUGCUGAAAAAUGAAGUGACUCUCUUAAACGAGGAAGGUAGCGCUUCCAGCCUGAAACUGAGGGAGCUAAAUGGAUCCCGAGAAGAAAUGCGGCAAAAGAUUGAGGCUGUGAGAAAGGAGAAAGUGGCUGUUCAGAAGAUGGUCGACAACCUGAAAAAGCAGGUGGCAGAUCUGAAGACCAGAAACCAGCAGCUGAACUCUGAAAAUACAGAGCUUAGCCAGAGGAACUCCAAAAACCAAGCAGAUGUGCAAGACCUUAAUCAACAGCUGGCAAGGGUGCUCAGGCAAAAGGAAAGGGAAGCAGGAAAGUGUACCCUGGAAGAAUGGGAAAAGGAGAGGCUGGUGCUGAAAGAGGAACUGGAAAACACCAAAGUAAAGUCAUCAAAUAUGGUGUCUUCCUUGGAGAUGGAGCUGUCAAAAAUGAAGGUUCAAGCUCAUCUACUGGAACAGGAGAACCACAUCCUCAAGCAGGAACUCGAGAAGACAAAACAGCUGCCCAGAUGUCCUGAUCUCUCUGACCUCCAAAACGAAGUUUCGAGCUUAAUUACUAAAAAUGAAAAGCUGCAGAAGGAAAAAGAAGCCCUGAGUGAGGAAUUAAACAGGUGUAUUGAUAAGGUAGCUAAAGUAAGCUGCUUAGAGAAUGCGCUUGGCAGCUUGAAGCAGGAACAGAAGUCCUGGGAGCAGCAGAGUCAGGCACUGAAAACACAGCUCGCCGUUGCACAAGAAAAGGUUCAGAGUCUGGAUGAAACGCUGCAAAACACCAACCUUCAAAUGUCCCGACUAAAAUCAGACCUACGGUUGACACAACAGGAGAAGGAAACUCUUAAACAAGAAGUGGUGUCUUUACACAAGCAACUGCAGAAUGCAAAUGAAAAGAACCGGGUUCUAGAACGGGCUGUGCCUUCCUCAGGGCUGCAGGACCCCCAGAGACAACUGCACUGGGAUGAACUGGACCAGCUGAUGAAACAGGAGCAGCAGCUGCUCAGGCAGGAGACGGAGAGGCUGCGGAGGGAAGCGCAGAGCACGAAGACAGACCUGACUCACGCCAGGGAGAAGAUCCGACAGCUGGAAUCUACUGUCCUUUCCUUAAAGCACCAAAAACAUCAAAGCCAGUCGGGUAUCGUCAAAGCCAUAGAGCAAGAGAAAUUAAGCUUGAAGAGAGAGUGUGAACAGCUUCAGAAGGAAUUGUCGUCUGCAAACAGGAAGAUCAGCCAGAUGAAUUCUCUGGAACGUGAACUGGAAACCAGCUCAGAAAAUGAAGGGCUAAGGAAAAAGCAGGUCAAACUGGAUGACCAGUUAAUGGAGAUGCUCCACUCCAGCGCCAGCGUGAUGCUUAGCCAAACACCGCACUCCCGGGAGCUCCAGCAGCAAGGCUGUGCUGUGGUGCCCAAGGAACAGUUCCUGCAGCUCCAACACCAGCUGCUACAGGCAGAGAGGAGGAGUCAACGUCUUCAGGAAGAACUCGAAAGCAGACCCUCUGAAACAAACAUGCCACAGGGGGGUCAUGAGCAGCUGCUAAAAAUGAUGGAAGAACGUAUGAUGGAUGUGGAACAGAAACUAAGGCUUGUGAAGAGGCUUCUCCAAGAUAAAGUAAAUCAGCUGAAAGAACAACUUUCCAGGAACACUAAAGCAGACGCAAUGGUGAAGGACCUCUAUGUAGAGAAUGCACAACUGCUGAAGGCUUUGGAGAUGGCAGAGCACCAGCAGAAAACUGCUGAAAGGAAAAACUAUUUACUGGAGGAAAAAAUUGCCAACCUCAAUAGGAUAGUAAAGAACCUGGCAUCCCCGUCGUUUAAUUCAGCAUCCGAGAUCAGGUCAUAGCAAAGCCAUGACGUAUGCCACAGCCCCGUGCACUUUAAAAUGUUAAUAUUUCAGCUUUUCACUGUGUUGCCUUUUUGUAUCAUUCAUUUUUAGCUAACAGAUGCCUCCCAGGAGAGGACAGAGCUAAAUCCCAAACCGGAGACUGCCAAAAGAGAACUUUUAUUUACUCCCAGACUGUUUUUCUGCUAAGUUUUGCCUAAAUGUAAUUUUCACUGUGUAAAAACAGAUAUAUGUUUUUCUCAGUUAACUUAUUUUGAUACUUCGGUUUUAAUUUAAAGUAUAAAUUCUGAAUUUGCUGUACUGAAUCAAGUAUUCCUGUCUAGAUCGAAGCCAAGGUCUAAUGAAAACUUACACUGCUGACUUUAAAAUAUAUUUGGCUUUCUGGAAUACUUCAUGGGCCAAACCUGGUGAUAUCGGUAGGUCAGUCUAAAACACUGUCGGUGUAAUUGCUAUGGCAAGCAAGACUUUCCUGAUGGGAUCUGUGUCCUGCAAACUGAUUUCUGUAAAACAAUUUGCUCCACCAUUAGGUUUCUGAGAGGUUCUUCACGGCUGUUUUCUGCAGAGCUUAGAAAAAAGUAAGUUUUCUUAAAGAUAUCUGAGUAGAUUACUGCCUCCAACUAAGCGUAACAGGGUUUCAGCUGAAGACAUUGCCCAGCUGGCAAAUAAAGACUACUAAUGUUUUGGGUUUUCUUAAAGCUGUGCUGCCAGACAAGUUAAAAAUUGUUGAGAUCUUAAUUUUUUUCCUAUCUGGAAACAAGUCCGAAUCCUUAUUAAGUUACAGUAAAGAAAGGAAGAGUCACUAAACAGAAGUGAAGAUGCUGUUUUGUUUAUGUCCUUUUUACAUUCAAUAAAGCAGCGGAGGGUGUUUAUUAAACAACUGGCAGAAGAAUGAAGAGAGGGAUUUGAAUGAUUUCUUCAGUGAAGUCCUGCCGUUAGGGCUCACAAACCUUUGCCAUGAAUGCAGUGGUUGGUUUGACCCAAACGAUCACUCAGAAAGGCCUGUCUUUUGUUGUAGGUCCCACCAAGUUUGGAAUUAAUUGUGGAGAAACAUAUUUAACGUGAAUAUGACGAACUCAGGGAAUAAGAGCCUAAAUUAGCUUCCUUCAACACGAUAAAUGUGGAGAUUAAUGUCAAUAGAUGAAGAUAAACGUGCAUUAGGAGAAGCAGGAUAAACCAAACUCUCCUGGGAUGAGUAUUACCUUAGUACUUCUAUGCCCGAAGAGCAUCGAGAUUUGUAGUGACAGGUAAUGCCUCCCACUCCAUCAGUCGAUGACGCCAGGGAAAGGCACGUUCUCUGGGAACACCUUCAAGACUGAGAUACACCUGCACAGAAGCAGCUGAAUAAGAGCCUGCACGCCCAAAUGCUUGUACAUAACCUAUUACAGCAAACAGUCGAGCGCCCUAGGAAUGCCUGGGCUCCAUCGGAGCAGGAAAACAUUUAAACAGCGUAAAUGAAACCGGUGAAAGGGGCCAUACUGGUAGUUCUUGAAACUGGACCUCUUUAAAGAGGCAUGAAUUGGGAAUGCAGGGGAAGAGAUGGUUUGUCUCUGAGGCUGCUAGCAAGGUGACAAUUCUGACAGCGUUUGUAAUGAGCCAAAAGUUCCUCAGAAGCCAGGAUAAUCCUGCCUGCAGGCUGUGGAAAAAAACCUAUAAUGACUUGCACUCGGUCCUGAUUAGCAUGUGGCCGCAGGGGAUGCUGCCUCCAGCUGCCUGGUUCCUUACCAGUUUUGGAGGGCUGAGGGACUAAACUGGACAAGUAGGGUCUGACCUUCUCUCCUCCUCCCCCUCCUCCUCCGUUGCUUUAUGCAGCCGAUACAGUAGAAAUGGAAACACAACUGUAUACAAAGAACACGUUAGACUGUCCCAAAAUCCUUAUAAAUUAUUUCACUGCUGUGCUGUUCCAAAUACCUGCACUAGGUGUUUUCCAAUCCAGGGAUUUACAUAUCCCGUUGUUCAGAGGUUGCAAACAUUUUUCCAUGAAUUUCAAAUGUGUCAAAUUGACCAAUUGCAUUGAUAUAAAUCAGAGCUUUUAAAAUUUUAAGUAGUGAGAGCUUGUUUCUUUUUACGUGAAUCAAUAUAUCAAUAUUAAUCAAAGCAUCAGUUAUAAUAAAGCUCUUUGCAUGGGUACGAGGGCUGCGUGUUAGCAAUAUGGUAUCCGAGCACACCUUAAACCCGAGCCUGUGCCGUGUAAAUUAAGAAAGGUUCAAAGUACUUCUAGGAAACCACGUAAAUGAGGUUCGUGUGAUCAGAACUGUGUUGGGAAAUAGCUAGUGCAUUAUAACACCACUUUGUAUCCUGACCUAGGUUUACAGAAUCACAGAAUGGUUUUGGUCGGAAAAGACCUUUAAGAUCAUCGAGUCCAACCAUCGAAUUACUUCUAAUGCUCAGAGUGCGACAAAAGCCUGAGCGCUGAGGAGACAGAAUGUACUGCAGUUAAAUCAUUGUGGAAUCAAUGUCACAUUACUCAGUUCUAAAAGCUAAGCUACUUCCCCGAUUCUUUUAAUCUCCUGGUAUUUACCAGGAUUUUAUAAACCAAACAUUCAGAUGGUUCUAGAGCACAGGACCAAAAGGAAGCCCUGAUGUGGGAGGUGUCCCUGCCCAUGGCAGGGGAGUUGGAACUGGAUGAUCUUUAAGAUCCCUUCCAUCUCAAACCAUUCUAUGAUUCUAUGUUGGAAUCGAAGGGAGAAAAAGAGAAAAGGAGGCUUGACUUCUUCUUUUCUCACCCUAUCCUACCUUGCUCUGCUUUUCUUUUCCUUCAAAAAACUAACCUAAAGGCAGGAGAGAGGAGGGGGAGGAGGAGAAUGUUUGGUAAAUAUUUAGCAGACCAAACUCCAAUUUCACUGGAAUACUCAUGUGAAUGAAUUCUCAGAAGUGCCUUUUGUAAUGAGAUAUUCCCGAGCCUUUCUGUACUGCACUGGUUUUCGCUGCUUCAGGACAAUUCAGGACAUCCCUUCCAAAAUGAAGGCAACGCAGGGAAGAGUCGCGCUGCUUACAAACCAUGUUGCUUUAUUGCUUCACUGUGUCGGCUCAGAAGCAGCGAGUUUAACAAAGCUACUAAAAUUAAGCAUAUAUACGUUAUCAGCCGUUAGUUGUCCUUUGUGCAUGCCUCUGUCUCCUUUGCAGUUUAGGCAUUUUAAAGAUACCAAAGCAUUUAAUGGUAUUGUACCAGUCAAAAGUCACUGGAUUUCUAAGCCUAAUUCAUACAACAGGUCUCACCAAUUAUUAUAUUCACUACUUUAUCUUGGUUUAAAUGUUUUCCACCCUUGUUUUAUGAAUCACUGUGAAAAUAAAGGCACAUAGAUAUUCAGGGUUGGGAAUUUUGGAAGAGGAGAGAUCCUGAGUUAAACUGAUGUGUAUUAAAUUCACACAGUUCAAGUGCUACUCGUGAAUUGAGAAUGAUUUAAAAGUCUACAUCACGGCACGUUCUCCAAUUACUACUUUAAAUGCAAGGAAAAUGGUGUUCUAUGAAUUCAGACUGAAAAAAAAGGAGAGGAAUGUAACAUAUCUGAUUUUAGCCAGGUUAUAUAUUGGGUAGAGCAGGGGACAGUCUGGAUCUGUCAAGAGUAAAAUCCUUUUGUUUACUUUCAGCAAAUGACAUCACCGUCUCUCAGGUUUUCCAUCAUUUUUACCUGUUAAGUCUGCUGUUCGGUGUCAGAUGCUGUCCUUUCAUGACAAAUUCCUUCUGUAUAAAUGAAAACAUGUAUAUGUUUGGGGUUUUUUUUCUAUUGAGUUUGUUUUGUUCUGGUGUAAUAUACGACAUCAUGUAAAACUGAAAGAUGAACCAACUUACGCAUUAUUUAUAAUGAAUGUAUAAAAAAGAAAGGAAAAAAUACU